UGGGGCCGCCCCGCCUGCCAUUGCCGGGCGGCGCGGCGGGCGUCAGCAGCGAGCCAGCGGCGGGCGGCGCUCCCCGGCGCGUCCCGCUCCCGUUCCGCCGCCGAUGGCUGCCGGCCGCCGCGCUCCCCCGGAGCCCGGGGGCGGGGGGGCGCCGGUAUUACUUCAAGGCAUCUUCGGUGCGGGCCCGUCCCCCGGUGCUGCCCCCUGCUCGCUGGCUCUGACGGCCCGGGAGCUGCAGGUGCGGCGUCCCGGGGGCUCGGCCGGUCCCGACACUGCGCUCCGCCUGGCCGACUGCGUGGGCUCCGCCGCCUUCCCCGCCGCCGCCGCCGCUGCCUGCUUCUCGCUGGUCUGCUACCCCCUCCGCGGGCCACGCUGGGGCUCGCCCGCCCGCCAGCGCCUGGAGCGGACCUUCCGCGUUUGCCUGGGACCCGACGCCGAGGGCAACCUGCGCAUCGCCCAGGCCUGGAGCCGCAGAAUCCGGGAGCUCUCGGUGCCCGCCGUGCCCACGCAGGACGGUGACAGCUAUGGGGUGCUGCCCCGGCCCUGCCGUGCGCUAGUGCUGCUGAACCCGCAGAGCGGCGCUGGCCGCGCCAUCCAGGACUUCCAGGUGGUGGUGCAGCCCAUGCUGGCUGAGGCCGACAUCGCUACCACUGUCUUCAUUACUGAGAGACCCUACCAUGCACAGGAGAAGGUGCGGGAUGAGGACCUGUCACAGUGGGACACAUUGGUGAUCAUGUCUGGGGAUGGGCUGCUGUACGAGGUGGUGAAUGGGCUCAUGGAGCGGUCGGACUGGGAGGAUGCCAUGAAGAAGCCACUGUGCAUCUUGCCCGGGGGCUCUGGGAAUGCCCUGGCUGCCUCCAUCAACCACUACGCAGGCAAUGAUCACGUUGCCAAGAAGAAGCUGCUGACGAACUGCACCUUCAUCCUCUGCAAGGGGCUGCACACGCAGAUGGACCUGGUCUCGCUGAGCACGGCCUCAGGCAAGCGCCUGUUCUCCUUCCUCGGCUUCGGCUGGGGCUUCAUCUCGGAUGUGGACAUCGACAGUGAGAAGUACCGCUGGCUGGGCAAUGCCCGCUUCACCCUGGGCACCCUUCAGUGCCUGGCCAAGCUGCGGGUAUACCAGGGCCGCCUCUCCUACCUGCCUGCUGUCCCCGAGCAGGACACCUCCUCGGCACCCAGGGACCCCCCCUUGCCUGUCACCAAUGGCCAGCCUAGCCACGUCCCGCCGCCAGCGGGGACGGAUGUGCCUGGGUCUCUGCCCAACGACUCGCUGCUGGUGCCGCUGGGCCAGCCAGUGCCGGCGCACUGGACAGUGGUCCCUGAGGAGGAGUUUGUCUCUGUCUAUGCCAUUUACCAGUCCCACCUGGGCACUAACCUGCUGAUGGCACCGGCGGCCCGGCUGCACGAUGGCUGCAUCCACCUCUUCUACCUGAAGGCUGGCAUCAGCCGCGUGGCGCUGCUGAAGCUCUUCCUGGCCAUGGCCAGGGGGACUCACCUGGACUUGAACUGUCCCCACCUGUGCUACGUCUGUGUCCGGGCUUUCCGCCUGGAGCCGCGCGCAGCCACAGGCAUCAUGACAGUGGAUGGCGAGGCGCUGGCUUGUGAGCCCGUGCAGGGCCAAAUCCACAGCCGCCUCUGCCGCAUCCUCAGUGGCUCCUGAGCUGCCAGGUUCGGCACCCCUGUGGUGCUGAGCUGCCGGCACAGCCCAGCACGAGGGCAGCAGAGCCUUCCUCCCACUCAGGAACCUCCUUCUCCUCCUCCUCCCAUAGCAAUAGCUCUUGGGGGCUGUGGGUACUCAUGCCCUUGCUUGCCCCCAUGCUUAGCUUUACCCCCCUGGGACAGCCACCAACACUGUCCCAGAAAUGAGCCACGAGCCCCAUCAGGUACUCGGUGCCAGCAAGAUGCCAGCGUGUUUUAUCCUGGUACGAGGUCCCGACCCCAGGUGGCUGCGCCGGCACAGCCCUGUCCCCUCCCCGGCUUGGAUGCACCUGGUGGCAUCGCUCUUGUCCCCGCCAUGGAGGCAGUGCCACCUCACAGGGAUGGUCAGGACCAAUAUAUAUCUAGUACAAGAAAUUGACUUUUUAAAUAAUGUUUCUACCCAAAGCUUCCUGUAGAAGCAGAGUUUAUUCUUGCAAGAAGUGCAAUAAAUAUCUAGUGUUUGCAAAAAA